CGGAUUCAGAGAUCAUCUGUUAUGCAGAUGAUACUGUCCUACUGUUUAGCGGAGCCUCGUGGCUGGAAACUACCAAAAAGUCAGAAAUGGGACUGUCCCUCGUGGCAGCUGGCUGGAGUGCAAUUUGCUAUCCCUCAACAUCUCGAAAACCAAAUUUCUUACUUUUUAUAAAACUACUCGGUCUAAGCCAGAAACGGUACCUCUAAUUAAAAUUCACAGCGGCCACUGUAAUUACAGCGGAACAAGCCCAACGUCUUGCGUAUGUAACAGCAUUGAGCAAGUUGAGGUCAUAAAAUAUCUUGGCGUCUUCAUCGAUUGCAAACUAAACUUUUGCCAACACAUUGUUAGCCUUUCAAGCCGAGUCCGUAAAUUAAUCAACGUCAUGUAUCUGCUCCGCGACGCAGCAUGCCCCUCUGUGAUUUACAUGAUUUACUUUGGUCUCUGCCAAUCUAUUUUAGGCUACUGCGUGUCUGCAUGGGGUGGAACCUAUAAAACUACAAUGCUAAAAAUUGAAAGAGCCCAGAGGGCAGUGCUCAAGGUUAUGCUGAACAGACCUCGUAUGUAUCCCACCAAUCUGGUCUAUGCGGAAAGUAAUGUUUUGAGUGUGCGUAAACUGUAUGUUCUUAAAGCAGUAUUAACAACACACAAAGCAGUACUCAGAUCAGACACCUACAAGGACCUGCUUCGUAAACGUGUCUUUAAAAUUGCAACUCCGAAAAUUUCUACAUCAUUUGCAAAGUCACACAGUGAUUAUCUAUAUCCUCAUAUAUACAACAAAGUGGUUGCUAAAUGUGACAUAAAGAACCACCACCCAUUCGAGACCAAGAAAAAAAUUGUGAAAUGGCUCCUCCCCCUACAGUACAAUGAAGUGGAGCAACUAUUAAGAACACCCGUCUGACGGUCAACACCAAACAGAUGUUGUCUCCACCUAUCUUCCAGCGGUGUCUUUGAGCAAGCACUGAUCCCAAGCAAGUUUAA